ACCUCACAAAUUGAAAAUCACCUCGUAUGCAAUCCUGCUUUCUACCUCUUUACCUUUAUCAAACAAACUCUACAUACCUCCUCUACCUCUACCUCUACCCAACCUUUAACCGCGUAUCUUCACUUAACCUUCUUCCAUAAAUUCAAACAAACUCUUUAUUUCGUACUUCACAUUUGAAGCUGCCAAUAUCUUUGUUAUUGAGGACAGUUUCUGCCUUGUGUCUGUUUACAAGACUAAAGAGCAGCUGUUGUCGAUCGCUGGAAAAAGUUAUCGGUUAUCUUCUUUUCAUCUUCUUUCUUGAACAAUUCCUUUCCUUACAUACUCAAAAGUUUCUUCUCGAUUUUGAUUGAUUCAAUUUAAUUUUCAUUCAAGAUAUUUCGCUUUGAGUGCGACUUAUCUUUGGCAAAAUGUCUGGAUAUCCGACAGGUUCUGGUGGUAAUGAUGGCCGUGGUUUGGAUUCCCUCUUUGCUCAGCUUCGACAACAGCAAAAUCAAGCUGCUGCUCCUGUUCAUUUAGAGCCAAGUUAUAAUUAUUACAACAAUAACAAUAACAACAACGGCUUCUUUGGUCAAAAUCAACAAUUGCCUUCCCAUUAUCAGCAACCCUCCGCUUCUUCGCCACUUCCUACCCCUCCUCUACAUGCUCAACAACAUCAUCAUAAUUCUGCCGUCAUGAGUCCUGUCGAUACUCCACACGCAGAACCUCCUCGCCUUGCCAAUCCAGUUGGUACCGCAUCCGGCGAUAACCGUACUUCAAGUUUACUCAAUUUGCUGAAGUUCAGUCAACCUUCUGCUAGUAAGCCAAGUAGCCAAGCAGCACCGAUCGGCACACCACUCCCUCCAUCCCGCGAUUCGUCCAUGAACUUUGGUGGAAACUCUGAUGUUCUUGGUCAAGUCAGCGCUGGUAAUCGUGGUGGUCAGGAUCUUCUUGCUGCACUCAUGGGAGGAGCACAACAAAAGCCAGCUUCGACGCCGCAAAUGACUCAAGCAAGCCCGCAAUUCGCGAGUGAUUCUCAACCGCAGUCGGGCUCCAGCUUUGCAGCUGCCACUUCUCCACCUGCCGAUACACAGGCUUAUCUUCUUCGUCUUCUAAAUCAGCCAAAGCCACCUCAAACUGGUGAUGAAUCACCGCAUUUGAAUACUGAGAAGGUAUUGACGCCACCAAGUAAAGCUAGUUCUUUGGAUGAGGUUGGUGAUUUGGCACAAAAUUUAGAGGAUACCAAGAUUGAUAUGGAUAUGAGUAUGAUGGGUUCUGCAGCCUUUGAGGGCAAGAUCGAAAGGUCCCUUGGCAAGGAAAAUACACGAGAUGUUACUCCUCAGCCGAGAAACAAUCAAGGCUUGUUUACAUAUGUCAAUCCUUUCGAGGAAUUGGCAGCAUCUUCUCCACGCAAUCGUACGCCAAAGGCAACCACAGCUCGUCCGUCAAAUGCAAAUGCCUCUGCACCUGCACCUGCGUUCCAGAUCUUGAAACGACGAGAUUCGACUGAUAACAAGCGCAAGAUGGAUGAGAGAAGCAACGUCGAUAGCCCUGCUCAGGCAUUUUCUAAGCGUAAGCUUGGAUCUCCUGCUGUAUCUUCUGGACCUCCCACACCACUUCCUGAUGGACGUACUCAACUAGAGGCUUUAAUUGGCAUCGGUGCUCCAAGUCCAGCCGCCAAUGGCAAAGGCAAGGAGACUGUUAGUCAUGCACUUGAAGAAGUUGGUGAGACUGUUGAUCAAGAGGUUGAAGAAGCUUUAGCUCGUGCUGAGCAAGAUGCAACUAAUGCCGAAAUUGAGAAGGACUUACGCGACAUGCUCGCUGCCAAAACAGAAUCACAGUUCGAGGAUCGUGCACAGGUCGCCGCUACGGCUAUCAAGAAGGUGCUUGACAAGGACGAAACCGCCCUAGAUGAUUUGCCCACUCUAGUUGCUGAUGAAGUCAGAGAAAUUAUUGAUGAAGCUGCACAGGGUCACCACAUUGCCGAUAGCUGGGAAAGUGCAGAUGCUGAGGAUGCUCCGCCCACGAACGACGAAACCGUCAUUAAGGUGUUCAAUUUCCCUAUGAAACCAUGGACUUCUAUCACUAUCAAAAAUAGCGAAGAAGGUCGUCCUAUUUUCCGUGACGAAGUCAUCGUAGAUAUUGCUCGUCUCAAGAAAGAAUUCGACCAAAUCGAUCGUACUCUAGUCACUGCAUCUUCAAACUUUAUCGUUUAUGGCAUGUCAAAGAAUGGAGGCAUUCGUAUCAUCAGACAGACUGACGGCAAGGAUUCUCGCCUUUUCACCGAGACACAUGAUCGUAUCUUUAAUGUGUCGACAUCUAGUGCUCUGGCGGAUCUCAAAGAUACCAUCAUUGGAACAGGUAUUAGUGGCACUGUAUACUGGGCUGUUGUCAAGGACGGAGAAGGAGAUUUCAUUGAGGAAAACCAUCCUGAAAUGCAUGGUUUUGCUCUUCCUCCAAUUCAAACUCCAGACAAUGAGUCAGCAGGCGGUGUUCUUAAGACCAGAGCUAGAAAGAGCUCCAAUCACCCCGAAUUCUUUGCUGUAGGACGCGGAAAAUCUAUCCAAAUCAUCUAUCCAUCUGUUAUCAUGAGGAACUCUUUCCUGAAAAAUGGAAAAGAGCGCAUUGUUGAUACAGAUCGCUACCUCGCCCACAGAUCUCUCAAGGUCAACACCGGCAAGGCAGGCAAAGACUUCACAUUCAGUGAGGACGAUACAACUAUCGUUUCACUUGACAAGGCUGGACGAGUCAAAUUCUGGGAUGUUCGUCCUCUUACACAGAUUCCGGAGGAUGAGCUUCAUCAAAAGGCACCUCCCGUUGAGAUCAAAGAGCCACUUACUACUCUUAUCACAACUCCUGCAACUGAAAAAUCAUGGCCUACUUCGGUCUUGUUUGUUGAUAAACUUCGCCCUUAUCAAAAAGGUGGUCCACUGCGAUACAUGAUUGUUGGUAUGAAGCAAAACCAUACUUUACAAUUGUGGGAUCUUGCUUUGGGAAAACCUGUUCAGGAAAUUCACUUGCCUCAUAGCAAAGAAUCGGACGCUGUUUGUAGUGUACUAUAUCACCCUGCAACUGGGGUUAUUGUGGUCGGACACCCUACACGAAAUUCGAUCUAUUUCCUCCACCUCUCUGCACCCAAAUACAACCUUCCACGCACUGUCACCCAAGCAGAAUAUGUCGAGAGACUUGCCAACAACGACUCCAGUGUUUCCAAACCAGAAUCUACUGCUGUUGUUAGUGGCAUGAGAGAAUAUUCAUUCGCUAGCAAGGGCAAUCUUCGAAGCUUGGACAUUUUGCAAAAUCCUGCUGCCCCAUCUACUCGUGGAGAACCAAUCACUCUGUUUGAGUUAUAUGCUAUGCAUUCGAAGGGUGUUACUUGCCUUAACAUCAAGCAAGCUGAUCUAGGCUGGGACGCCAAUAAUAAGUGCAUCUCUGCAGUAGUGGCUGAUAGAGUUGGUGCUGUCACUAUUGAUACGUUGAAGGAAAUCAGCACUGCACCACCUGCGACGCCGUCGGAAUCAGGUGAACCAGCACCUGAGCCUUCGCUUGCACCGGCUCCUACUCCUACACGCAUUAUCCAACGCCCAGCUGCCAAGGAGAAUACCCCCAAGGAGACGAAGAAGACUGCGCAGCCAGAGACGUUUUCAAUGCCCAAAGCUGAAGAGAAGGCUGAGAAGAAGGAAGUUCCGGCCGCACUUUCCAAUGGUGGUUUAGCCGGCGCUAGUGGAACUGAAAAUAAGGCUGAGAAAAAGAAGCGACGAAAGGCCAACUCAUCUUCCGAAUUUGCAGUAAAUUCUUCUCAACCUAAAAACGUCGCAACGGAAAACAUUUCAGCACCAAGGAACGGCAGUGCUUCUCGCGCCAAUAUGAAUACCAUUCCAGAUGUCGGUAGCUCUUCAAGCUUUUCAACAACUGGCUUGACGGAAGAAGUUCUUAAGGAUCUUGAAGGUCGAGUUUCUGGGGAAGUCAAAAAAUUGCUCAACGAUUCUUUCAACAAUUUGGAUCAAAGAAUUAAGGAUGACAGACGUACUCAAAAUGCUGUCAAUGAUGCGAAACAAGAUGCUGUCCUUCGUCUCGUAUCUAGCACUCUUACUGGUAACUUGGAAGAGUCAUUGAAACGUAUCGUCAAUGGGGCUUUAGAAAACUCUAUUGUUCCCGCCAUCGAAAAUAUCACCUUCAAGACCAUCGAUCAACGAGUUUCUCCAGCGCUUGCCCAUCACUUAAACCAAAGCUUACCAAAAGAACUGGGAAAGAUUCUUCCAGAUGCCGUCAACAAGGUUAUGCAGCAACCUCAGCUUUUGAAGUUGAUGUCAGAAACCUUGGCAAAGAGUGUUUCAUUCCCCUUUGAAGAACAAUUCGCUACUCUUUUGAACAACAGCAUCACUCCUGCUUUUACUCAGUUGGCUGUCAAUGCCUCUCAACGAGUCGCAGCUGAUGUUCAUCGCCAAGCUCAAGAACAGAUCGGUAACAUUGAACGUCAACGCCAUGCCGACAGCCUUAAGAUCGAACAAUUGACACAACUUGUCACUGGAUUGACGGAGACUAUUUCAUCCAUGGCCGCUGCCCAAUCGGAGUUUCAAGCUCAAUUCUUGCGUGUCCAGCAGAGAGAUAGACAAGCAUCGUCUUCUCACCGUGCCAGCCCUGGUUUAGGUCAUAACUCCAGCAGACCAUCUGUCUCUUCUGGACUUGCAGCUCCUGUUGUUGAGGAGAAGUCGCCACAAGAAGUAGAGUAUGAGGAGAUGUUCAAGCAUAUUCAAGGCCCUAUGCAAGAGGGUAGAUACGAAGAUGCUGUUGUCCGUUGGUUGCAAACUGGUAGAGAGCAAGAGUUCUUUGCAAGAUACUUCUGCAGGUUCUCUCCAAAGUUCAUCACUGAACUUAGCCCACUUUUGCUCCUCAGCCUUGGUGCUAUCAUCACCAUUGAGUUAACUGAUGAUCUUAUGAAUCAACGUCUUGCCUGGACUGAAACCAUCUUGAACUCCUUCCAGAUCAAGAUGGUCAGUGGAUAUCUUGUAAGUUUCGUGUACUUCGAUUAUAUUUAUUGUAUACUAAUAUUAUUUGCAGGAGGAUCAGGUCGCAGAUCUCGUUCCUAAGAUUAUGAAUAUCUAUAUUCAACGCCUCGAGCAUCUCUUCAUGCGUAUCACCAAUGUCGCUCCUUCCGAUCCUCUCCUCAAGCAACUUUCUAACAUGGUUGCGACUGCCAAUCGCAUUCUUGAGCUCUAUCGUGAGCGACCAACUCCUCGCCAUAUGGCCGGCUUUUCUCAAUGAGCGCGUUCGCGGUAUCACGAAUAAUAAUAUUAUACACACUCCGGAUAUCUUUUAGUUUGGCCACUUGCAAAGAUCUCACUUCAGUGGCUACACCGACUUUCCUCCUUAAGCAAUUUCUAGUUUUCUAGUAUGCUUAUUACUAUGCCAAAUAUCGAACACUAUACAGCCUUUUCGUCAUUGAGCAUUGGCUCUUGAGAUACUGGAAUGUUCUCAGCCUUGCUAUCAAUUUCUCAAUCUGCGAAUCCUCCGGCUUAUGUUCAAAGACCAUUUUUCGAAACAUUCCCCUUUUUACUUUCUUUAAAUUAUUUUGUCAAAAUUAGCGGAAAAAAAUUGCGCUUCUGCAUAUGUCUUUUACUACCUACAUUUUCUGGCGCAUGAGCGACAUACAAAAACACUAUCCGGUUUUAAAAAUAUCAUCCUUUCGUCGGUGGGGAGCUAUGGGUUGGCUUUGGUCGCUGGAUAUGAUUCUCUAAUGGCUUUUCUGAUUUUAAAAUAUGAUACCAUUUGGAGAUCUAACCGGACUCUUCUGUCCUUCAUGAAUAAUAUCGAAUGUGAAUGUGCAUGGGGGAGGAAGAUCGACGAUAGUUAUGGAAUGGAUGGAUAAAUUUUCAUGCAACCCUGGCUUACCUAGGCCUGAUUUGGCUUGGUCUUUGAUUAAUUUGAAGAUAUUGCGAGAUAUACCCUUAACGGCCUUGAAUGGAAUGAUUGUGGUGGAGCAUUCAUUUGUGUGUACUCUAGACUCGGAGAGCUUCUUUGAAGGCUUCGACAAAAGACAUGAUCAUUAGGCUAGCGAAUAGUAUUCAUUUGC